UUGUCGGCUGAAUCCGACGGUACCGGUGACGCUUCGCUAAGAUCAGUCUGUAAGACUGUAUCUGUACCAAGUCUAUACGCUACACCGUCUGUACGCUACUUUCACUACGUCCAGCCAUGCCUCCUCGUCUCAGUAAACGACAAAUCCGCGAAAAAGAGGAGCUUGCUGCUCUCGAAUCAAAAAGCGCUGUCGAAGAUGUUCAAGACGAAGAAACACCCAAACUCCAGACAGGAGCAGCGUCUGGUUCAAGUUUUGCUGCUCUCAUGAGUAGUAUAACGAGCGAACCUGAAGAAAGCGAGGACGAACAAAUGGUCACUUCGAAAAAGAAGGCUCAAGAAAAAGAAGAAAAAGGCUGCAACAACACCUGCAACACCAGUUACGGCUCCCUCCGUAGCUGAUGAACAUGAAGCUUCCUCUACACAACCCGCACCUACGCCCAAGUCUUUAGCAAAGAAGAAAGCGGCGAAGAAACAGCAGCAGAAGGCCAAGGCUGCACAAAAGGAUGCUUCUGGACUAGACGAUCUGGACAAAACCCUAGCAGAGCUCUCCCUCAAAUAUCCUACUCUCCGUCAACCUACUGCGUCAGGCGCAUCCACACCGUCAUCCUCACAAACUCAGCUCAAAUCCGAUCUCUACAACCUCCUGGCAGUUAACCUUUCAAAUCUCGAUGCCGAGGCCGAAAUGCGCAAAUUCUUUGGUGCAAGAGUCAUCUCGUCUACUAAAGCCUCGUCGUCCAAUGCUCCUUCUGGUGUCAAACAGCGUGGCGGCGGUUUCACGAGAUCAAAUCUAACGAGACCCCAACCUGGAUGGUACCCCGCGAACAUGCGAGAUGGGCUUUCAUUGAGAGCCUUGACUAACGAGGAACUAGAGGAGAGGAAUAAACGCCAUGGGUGGCGAUUGGAUCUGCCUGGAGAGAAGGCGUGGACGGUGGAAUACAGUAAGAAGUAUAAAAGCGUGACGAGGUCCUUUGUGGCAAUGGUUCUUUCCGGGGACCCGGAGGGAUUCUGGCAGACAUUACGUCUCUUCCCUUAUCACGCAGAUACUCUCUUGCAGGUAGCGGAAGUCUACUACCAUCGUGAAGAGCAUAGCACAGCAGCCGAUUUCAUCUCUCGUGCCCUUUUCACGUAUGAACGUGCCUUCAGCGGAGUCGGUACCUUCAACUUUACUUCCGGAGUCAAUCGCCUGGAUUUCGAUCAUGUCGAGAAUAGGGUAUUCUUCCUUGCGCUUCAUCGGCAUAUUGUCGAUCUUACAAGACGGGGCUGCGUACGUACUGCUUUCGAAGUAGGCAAGCUUCUAUACGGACUCGACCCAGCUACGGAUCCUCAUGGAACAUUACUACAUCUUGAUUUCCUCGCCAUUAAAACAGGCCAGACGGGAUGGCUUCUCAAUCUUUGGGAUGCUCAUUCCCAGUUGCCUUCCUCAUACAGGCUUACCGUACAAGCCCUUCCCAACUGGCAUUACUCUCGAGCUCUCGCCCUCUACAUUCAAGAGGACAAGAAAGGUGAUGAUAAGCACGAGGAGAGUACAAAAGCGUUGCAGGAAGCUGUGAAGACGUUCCCUAUGGUUGUGCCUCUAUUAGCAGAUAAGACUGACUUUGUCGUUGCUGACGAAGUCAGGAGACACCGUGCAUUCAAAUUGCAACUGGAUGCUAGAUCAAUCUCCAACGAAACAGAAUCUAUCUUCCAUCUUAUUUCCCACAUCUACGUGCAACGCGUAGCAGCUCUAUGGAAGACCCAUGCGUCAUCCUCUUGGUUCUCUUCAGCUGUCAACUCUGUCCUUCCCUCCGUUUCCUCGACCCUUCCCACUCUCAAAACCUCGCCUUUCUCCACAACGCCUACCCUACGUGCCUCAAUCUACCGACACGUGAUCGCCCUCGAAUCCCCAGCCACACGGUCCCUCUUCAGCUUCAUCCCAUCAAAAGUCAUCGCAGCUCGUCACCUAGCUUGCGAUCCUCUCCCUCCUCAAACGAAAGUAACCGGCUACGAACUUACAGGUCCAUUCUUCAGCGGGCUCAGUGCAAAUGAUGAUCCACUGGGGAUCCGACCUCGGGGUCGACGAGCUAACGAGAGAAUGCUUGAGAGACUCGUACCUGAUCCUGAAUUCCGGAGACAGCUCCAGGGGUUUUUCGAGGGCAAUGAACAGCUUAGACAACAAUUCCCAGGCGGUGUCGUUCAGUUUGCUCAGAUUGUGGGACAGUUCCCGGAGGUUUUGGAUGAGUUAAUGAUUGCCCAGUUGGCCCAGGACGGGGAUGGACGUAUACCUGUGUUUGGUGCUGGUGUUGGUGGGAUGCCUGGAGGGAUGCCUGAAGAAGAUCAGGAUGAUAUUGACCUCGAUGUUGACGUACCUGCACCUCGAGCUGUUCAACCACCAGCUGGUCCGCAUGAACCACGUGAGGAACAUGUGGUCGAAGAUCUCGAAGACGAGGAGGAAGACGAGGAAGAAGUUGCGGUUGCGCCUUUACCUGUGAGGAUGCUUCGUAAUGUUCUGAAUAGAUUCUGGGGAGGCGGUGGUGCUACGGAGCAACAAGACGAGUCGUCUGAUGAGGAAGAAGCAGAUGAUCACUCUUCGGCACAUGCAGACGACGUGGAUUAAAUGUCUCAAUGCGAGUAUGUAAUAAGGGUAAACAGUUAUGCUCAAUGUGUUCGCACAUACAUACAACAAUUACGUUCUAUAAUUUAGCACAUAAGAACUAAAUAUGCUGAGGUAUGCUCCCGGGACCCCUUUAAAGCUUUAUGAGUAAGUGGGCGUUUUUCGUCCUCAUGUUCAUAGUCGCGCUUGCGCAUCCACGGCGUCCGCAAACGGAUAGUCGAUGUAUCCCACUGGUGACUCGGGUGGAUGGUAGAACGUGGCACGAUUGUACGGAUUCAAAGGUAGGUUCUCUUUAAGACGUCUUGGAAGGUCGGG